CGCCCGCCAGCUCCGGCGGCCAGCAGCGGGAGACUCAGUGGCGCUCUGACCUCGUGAUGGCCGGCUACCUGCGGGUCGCACGCUCGCUCUGCAGAGCCUCGGGUUCGGGCCCAGCCUGGGCGCCGGCGGUGCUGACGACUCCCGCCUCGCAGGAGCAGCCGCGACGCCGUUAUGCUGACAAGAGGAUCAACGUGGCAAAGCCGGUGGUGGAGAUGGACGGGGAUGAGAUGACCCGCAUUAUCUGGCAGUUCAUCAAGGAAAAGCUCAUUCUGCCCCAUGUGGAUGUCCAGCUCAAGUAUUUUGACCUUGGGCUCCCAAAUCGUGACCAGACCAACGACCAGGUCACCAUCGACUCUGCAUUGGCCACCCAGAAGUACCAUGUGGCUGUCAAGUGUGCCACCAUCACCCCUGAUGAGGCCCGUGUGGAAGAGUUCAAACUGAAGAAGAUGUGGAAAAGUCCCAAUGGAACCAUCCGGAACAUCCUUGGGGGCACUGUCUUCCGCGAGCCCAUCAUCUGCAAAAACAUCCCCCGCCUCGUCCCUGGCUGGACCAAGCCCAUCACCAUUGGCAGGCACGCCCAUGGCGACCAGUACAAGGCCACAGACUUCGUGGCUGACCGUGCUGGCACGUUCAAGAUGGUCUUCACUCCGAAGGAUGGCAGCGGUGCCAAGGAAUGGGAGGUGUACAACUUCCCGGCGGGCGGCGUAGGCAUGGGCAUGUACAAUACAGACGAGUCCAUCUCAGGCUUUGCACACAGCUGCUUCCAGUACGCCAUCCAGAAGAAGUGGCCACUGUACAUGAGCACCAAGAACACCAUUCUGAAGGCCUAUGACGGACGCUUUAAGGACAUCUUCCAGGAGAUCUUUGACAAGCACUAUAAGACUGACUUCGACAAAAACAAGAUCUGGUAUGAGCACCGGCUCAUUGAUGACAUGGUGGCCCAGGUCCUCAAGUCUUCAGGCGGUUUCGUGUGGGCCUGCAAGAACUAUGAUGGAGACGUGCAGUCAGACAUCCUGGCUCAGGGCUUUGGCUCUCUUGGUCUGAUGACAUCUGUGCUGGUCUGCCCCGAUGGGAAGACCAUUGAGGCCGAGGCUGCUCAUGGGACAGUUACUCGCCACUAUAGGGAGCACCAGAAGGGCCGGCCUACCAGCACCAACCCCAUUGCCAGCAUCUUUGCAUGGACGCGUGGCCUGGAACACCGGGGGAAGCUGGAUGGGAACCAGGACCUCGUCAGGUUUGCCCAGACCCUGGAGAAAGUGUGUGUGGAGACGGUGGAGAGUGGAGCCAUGACCAAGGACCUGGCAGGCUGCAUUCAUGGUCUCAGCAAUGUGAAGCUGAAUGAACACUUCCUGAACACCUCAGACUUCCUGGACACCAUCAAGUCCAACCUGGACAGAGCCCUGGGCAGGCAGUAGGGGAGGCAUGGCCAGGCCGGAGUCACAUAGCCUGUAGGUCCUCUUGACUCGGUGGAGGUUGAAGCCUUUCUGGAGGACACUUUUUAUAACCAAGAUGUUUUUAAAAGUGUAUGUGUGUUUCCCUCAUGGUGACAUGAGGCCUGAAUGGUGUGUUUUACCUCAGUCGCCAGUGUCUUGCGUACUAUAAUUUAUACUGCCUUGAACACAUGGUGCCAUGUUUAGUUACUAAAAAGCUCUUCACAAAA